CUAAAAAUUUUUUCCUCCUUGUUUUUCUCUUCCAUCUCCAAUGGCGAGUCCCUUAGGUUCGAUGGAGGAGAUGAAGGAAGUGUUCAAAAAAUUCGACAAAAACGGCGACGGAAAGAUCUCCCGCGACGAACUGAAAACGAUCCUAAGUGCCUUAGGAUCCCCGCCUUCUUCCGACGAGGUUGAUCGGAUAAUGUCGAUGAUGGACAAAGACGGCAAUGGCUAUGUCGAUCUAGACGAGUUCAUUGCUUUCCAUGGAACGAACAUCAAUAGCAAUGGCGACGACAGCCAGUGUGGGAACAAAGAGCUGAAAGAUGCCUUCGACAUGUACGAUUUGGAUAAGAAUGGCUUAAUUUCCGCUAACGAGUUGCAUGCCGUGUUGAAACGGUUGGGGGAGAAGUGUUCGUUGAGUGAUUGUCGAAGAAUGAUUAGUCAAGUUGAUAAAGAUGGCGAUGGCAACGUUAACUUCGAAGAGUUUAAGAAGAUGAUGACCAAUGCUUGAAUUGAAGUUUGGGAAAUACCAGGUUAAGUGGUAGGUUUCUUUUAGGCUAUCUAACUUGUUUUUAGUUUAGGAAUCUAAUGAAAUAAUAUUAGAUUUAGUUGUGUUUUGGAACUUUUAAUUGUGGAUAUUACUGCUACUUUAUAUUAGACUUAUUUUUCUUUUGAAUA